AUGACUGCUCAGAAUACAGUUAGCUAUGUGUUCAAUAUUAACAACCAGAUUUCUACCACUAUGCAGGCUAGAAGGGGAUUGAGGCAAGGGGAUCCUAUAUCCCCCUUGCUUUUUGUGAUUAUGAUGGAAUACUUGAACAGAUUAUUGGAUGAUAUGCAGGAAAACUAUAACUUUAACCACCAUGCUAAGUGUGAGAAAUUAGGCAUCACUAACCUAACCUCUGUUGAUGAUGUCCUAUUGUUUUGUAGAGGUGAGUUCAAUUCUGUUACCCGGCUUCUCACAGCAGUCAGUACCUUUUCUGCUUCUACUGGCUUGAUCAUAAAUCCAAAGAAAUGCAAGGUUUUUUUUGGUGGUAUGGAUAGCUUAUCCAAGGCUCAAGUACUUGAGGUUACUAAAUUUGAUGAAGGCCAACUUCCUUUUCAAUAUUUGGGGAUCCCAAUCACUAGUAAAUGGAUGAAUAACAAUCACUACAUGCCUCUAAUAGACAGAAUUACUAGCAAAUUUAAACAUUGGUCUUCAAGGAUUUUUAUGUGGACUGGCAAGCUGGACAAAAGCAGAAAAAUCCAUGUUGCAUGGAAAACCAUGUGUUCUCCUACUAAUCAAGGUGGCCAAAACAUUUGUAGCCUACCCGUUUGGAACAAGGUUCCUUGGAGAUUUCUAUUUCAUGGCAACAUGGCUAGGCCUCGUGCCUUUCAUGUGGCAUGGAUUGCUUGUCAUGGGAAUUUGGCCACUAAAGAUAGACUUUGCUGGUUUAAUUUGAUCAAAGAUAGCAAAUGA